AUGGGUCUCGUCGACGCUCCCAACAAGGUGCCCCAGCACCAGAAGUCUUACCAGGCUGCCUACGCCCAGCACACCCGUCUCUGGCAGAUUGGAUCCCGCAGCAGCUACCUGCUCCUCCCCUACAAGGUCCUUGUCUGGGGAUCUCUCAGUGCCUCCCUGUACAUGAUGGGCCGCAAGAUUGCCGGUUACAACACCUGGUUCGGCAAGGACUAA